CUCUUCCUUUCUGACUUUGAAGAGACUGCUUUAAAUUCUCAAGACAAAUACACCAUUUUGGAUUCUAUUUGUCCUGGUUCGUCAGAAAUAUUACAUAGGAGGACAAAGAAAGAGGAAUAUCAGAGAAAAACGGCCAAGAAUAUUUAAGACUCUACGAAAAUUUAUGAAGACCUGCAUGUACAUGUUUGUAGCCCAAGCUAUGUCUUUCUUUAAAACUUUACAGAAAUUGACAUACAUUCAUUAGUUCAACACAAGUCUCUGAAUACCUUUUGUCAUCUUCUAACUGAAAACUGUGGUGGUAAUGGUUGUUGCAGAUUCAGAUUAAUUCAUAGUUAUGACACUGACAUUUCUGUACUUGUCUCUUUGUGACUGAAGGCAAUUCCUUUCCCACACGGCCUAGACAAAAUACCUGAUGUGCAGGGAUACUUGGUAAUUAAUUCAGAUGGAGCAGUACUUGCUGUAAGUAUAAUAUUACAUAUCAACAAAGUAGUUGAUUAAAUAAGCAUGCUCUGAUUGGUCAAAAAGUGAUUGUUUUGUGUUAGUGGUAAACUUGAAGAAAGCUGGAACAAACUGAAAUGUAUCAUAUUGUUCUUCCCUUUGGUUUACUGGGUAUAUAAUCCACUCCGGAUUUAUUUACGAAAAAAUAGGCUUGCAUAUCUAUUGUCUUCCACUUUUAAUUUCUUGAUCUCUGUACUAUUCUUUGACUCCUUGAUUUAAGUGAUAGACUGCACCCUGGGAGAACAAGAGAAAAGUUUGUAAAAUACAAGCUGGAGGCGAGUGAUCUACAAAAUUUUUGUGACUGUUUUCCAAACAUCCAAAAUGGGAGAUGUUACCGGUAAACCAAUAGGAAGUGUGGUCUAUUGCUUGUGUGAAGUAAACUUCAGUCUUCUAGGGGUUUACUGGCACAAUAAACAAUAGUCUUUUGACCAAUCAGGGUACUUGUAACUUCUCAAAUAUUUUACAAAAAGCAAUUAACUCUCUAGCUCCCAAGAGUGACCAAGACAGAAUUUGUCCUUACAAUAUCAAUACAAUAUCAACCAGAUAAGUGAUGAGAAUAAGGAAAAAUAUCAAUUUGGGGAUAAAAAGUUAAUCCAAUACUAAAUUCUCUGAACUAACAUCAUAAGAAUUGUAUUGUUGACCUAAAGGAGAAGUACAAAUUUGAUCUGGGAGUUAAAGGGUUGAUGGAUAAAAAAAGUUAUCUAUUGCAUAUUAUUCAAUAAACUUUAUACUUUUCAUGGAGUAAUUGGUCAUUAGAUAUGAUCUUUCAGAGUACAGACACCUGGAUUUAUGUCAUCAUAUAAAAUUAAUUUUCUUUUCUUUGAGCACAAUGGCAGAGUUAACCCUUUAACUUGCAGAAGUGAUUAGCAAGUAACUUCUCCCCAUAAUAAGCUUCAGUUAUCUAGCAAACAGGUAAAGAGAAACCUGAGACUUAUUGGGUAAAUUUUUUUUAUCUUUGCCUAACACCAAAUUCUCAUAAACAAUUUACAAGGAAAUGUAUAGCAGCUAGAGGUAGAAUUAAGAACCAGAUCUUGGGAGUUUAAUAGUUAACAGGAUCAUAGAGCCAGAACAUUUGAGUGCUACAAGGUAAUAUGACCUGCAUUUGCAUCUUACAAAAUCAAAUGUCAAAUGUGAGUUAAAUUAUUGUCUCCGCAUAAAAUAUUAUUUUCUUUUUAAGUCAUCGGGUGACCUUGAGAAUGAGGAAAAUAUUGCUGCAACCAUAACUAGGAUGCUUCAAACAGCAGCCAAAAUAGCAAUUUCAGGAGACAGAACUCAGACCAUGAAGAGAAUGUCAGGUAGGCCAUCAUAGGAUGUCACUAUCAUGGCAGAUCUGAAACUAAAAGAUAUAUACUUUCAAAACUGGUGUCAAGAGUGAAGCUUUUAAGAGGCUAGAUUGUAAAAAAAUUCCAUCAGUUUUUUUAGUUAAUUGAAAUUUGUUGUGAAUCAGACAAGGGUCCAUUAAAUAAAGCAAUUUUUAGGUGAGUGUUGAGAGUAAUCCAGUUUUGCCAUGAUAUUACUUCCCUUUGCUCUGUUAUUGCUAAUUAAAACUGAUGUUACCUUAACCAAUCUGAUGUAAAACUAAGAACCAUUCAAGGCUUUAUUGCUCCAUGUGUUUUGCUAUGCUUACCUUCAUUCUGAUCGGCUAUUGUGGUUGACAUCAUUCCCCAUCCUAUAUUCAGAACUCUCAAGUCUUAUUUUUUGAGUGUGAGACUUAUGCAAAUGAAUUCAAUCAUAAGCUUUCACACUGAAAUUAAAAAAAUCCCAGGGAGGUGAUGCCUGUAGCAUCACAGUUAAAGGCUAUGCUAUCAUAAAUUGCAUUCUUUGCUAGUAAAUCAACUUGGGAGCUUGGUACACUGUAUAUUCUGAACAUAAAUAUGGCAAUCAAACUAUAACCCAAACAUUUUUGGAAUUUUUGGUUUGGGUGAGGAGCAAUUGAGUUGAUUUCUCUAUAAUUAUUACAGUGAUUAUAACUGGGAGAAAUUAAAUGUGAGCUCACUACCAUUCAUCACAAGGGGAGUUUUUCUUUCUUUUCAGUCAAUUCUAUUAUUACAAAUGUAGUCGUACAUAUAUCACUUCUUAAAUUUUUGUUCUUAAAUGUUUUAUCACUUGCAGUGUGCUAUAGAGACUUCACAUUGAUGGCAACUGUAUCAAAUCAGAAAAUAUAUGUUGUAAAGAGACCUCUGAAACAGGAAAGUGAAUAGAGAAUGAAAUUAAAUGGUACAAGUAAAAGACAAAGUCACAGCCAUCUUCUGACAUUGAUCAAAGAUUAAGUCACCAAUGGACGUGAAAUCAUCAACAGAAAUUGGAUUUACCUGCUCAGGAAAAAUGCUCAAUCAAGAAACUUCUGGCUAGUUUAAUGAACUGAUAAAUUUUCACACAAUAAUUCUUGUUUUCCUCUCUUUUUUUGGAUUUUUUCUUUUUCCUCUUAUCACAUCCACUUACAUCUGUAAGAGCAACUCAGCUUGUACAUGUUGGCUUAAGUAAAUCAUUCUCCUUGUUUGACAAUUGGUCCCUCGCUCAUGUUACAGUUAGGGGGAAAAUACAAAAUUAUGAAAUAUUUUCCUGUAUGGACUGUUAUUUAGAAUAAACUAAAGGUUAUUUAGCAAUUUUGAAAAUGAGUAUUUGGGUGAUUUUGAGUCACUUACUGACAGCUUUGACCCUUUCACAUCUAAGACCUCCUUACUGUUUACCAAGAAAUUCUUAUGUUAUCAGUGUGGAGAAUUUGGUAUUGGAUCAGCCAAUAAUCCCCUAAGUGAUAUCGUUCUUUAUUCUCAUGACUUGUCAGCUGGAUAUUGUAUUGAUUUAUGUAAGGAGAAACGCUGUCCUUGUCACUUAUGGAAGUUAAAGGGUUAAUUGGUGUUUUCAGGUCCUUGCUCCUUUUGUACACAACACACAAAUCACAACACAUGAUUUCCAGUAUAAUGACAUAUGUAAAGUAAUAUGUAUGGUGCCUGGCAGCCACAAGAUAUAUUGUUGA